UUCACCGUUUCACGGUUUUACUGGGAGUUUGAAACUCAUUGUUCCUCAUUUACAGAAAAGUAGAAAACAAACACCGAACCAACUCCUCCAACCGCCAAUCCUUUCCAUAUGUCUUCUCACGGCCACGGCGCCUCCUCCGCUGCGCCUGUGGCGGAGCAUUUCCUAUCGUUUGGUCGGAGAUCCGAGAAGCUGAGCCUUUCAACACUCCAAUCGAAGAUGAAAUGCGACCCGGAGAGUUACUUAUCGGAACUCGACGACCUCCAGGGACAGUUCAAUUCCUCCCUUGAGGUCUUCGAGCAGAAAGCUGCCAUGAACUUCGCCCCCAUCACCGGCAUCGGCAGUGAUCCCACCGUCGGCAAAUACCUCGGCGAUAGGGCAAUGCUCCUCGCACACGUCACCCCUCUCUACCCGGAACACCUCGCCAAUUUCCCCGCAAAACUCGCCACUUUGAUCCGUUGCGCCGCUCGCCAUCUCCCGUCGGGUCUCCGUUGCCGCCUCGCCCAAGCUUUAAUUCUCCUCGUCAAUCGGAAGAUUCUUGAUAUUGGUGAAACUCUGUCGUUGUUCAUGGAGCUUCAAACCUUAGGUGACAGGACGUUGAAGAAGCUGGCAUUUGAUCACGUCAUUCACAGUAUUAAACGCAUGAACCAGAAGCAUAAGAACGAAGCGAAGAACCGUGCUCUGCAAAAUGUCUUGUUUUCAAUGCUGCAGGAAGAAGAUGAAGUGCGGGCUAAGACAGCAUUGGUCACACUGUGUGAACUUCACAGAAAAAAAUAUUGGUUUGACGAGAGAACAGCUAAUGCAAUUUGCACUGCUUGUUUCCAUCCAGCAUCGAGGAUCAUGAGAGCAGCUUUAUUGCUUCUACUAGAUUAUGAGAAGAUUGAAAAUGAUAGCGACAGUGAUGAGUCAGAUAUCGAAGAUGAAACCAAGGAAUCCCCUCAAGUCAUCCUUAGUAAGGAGACAAUUUAUAAGGCACACCACCAAGGAACAGCAGCUAGCAAAAAGAAAAAGAAAGCCAAACUAGAACGUGUCAUGCGCAGGAUGAAAAGAAAGCAACGCCUGUCGACUGAGAGGAACAAUAACAGUUAUUAUUCACCACUUAACCAUCUGAAUGAUGCACAGGGUUUUGCUGAGAAGCUAUUGUCAUGUUGUCGCAAAUGUAAUGAAAUAUUUAAGGUUAAGAUGAUGAUGUUGAAAUUGAUUGCUCGAACUGUUGGGGUUCACCGGUUAAUUUUGUCAGACUUCUAUCCAUUUCUUCAGAAAUAUAUUCAGCCCCGUCAACUGGACAUUGCGAAUUUGUUUGCUGCAGUGGUCCAGGCUUGCCAUGACAAGGUUCCUCCUAAUGAUGUUCAGCCCUUGUUCAAGCAAAUAGUAACUGAGUUUAUACAUGGUCGCGCUCGUCCUGAGGCUAUCACUGUUGGACUAACUGCAGUCAGGGAAAUAUGCAUGCGGAUGCCAUUGUUAAUGAAUGAAGACUUACUACGAGACCUUGCUUUGUAUAAAAAAUAUCGUGAGAAGGCAGUUUCAGUAGCAGCUCGAUCUCUGAUUGGCUUAUUCAGGGAGCUUAACCCUUCACUGUUAGUUAAGAAAGAUCGAGGCUGGCAUAUUGAAGUUUCCGAACAGGAAGAUGAUGAUGAUGUGCACACUUCUGGUGAUGAUGAAAGUGUAGGUACGAAUAGAAGAAAGAACUACUCAGCAAAGAAACGAAAGUUUGCUGAUUUCCAAGUUCCAAAUUCUGAUCAACUAAGUUUGAAGCGAGUAGACAGCGCGGUGUUUGAAGUUCAUGUAAAGCGAAGGCGGAGCAAGGAAGAAAGGUCUGCAUUGGCUAAAGCAGGAAGGGAGGAUAGAGGAAAAUACCUUCCUAGAAAAGCUGCAAAUCAGAAAAAGACGGGUGGACUCAGCAACCGUCAGAAGGAAUGCAAGAAGAAAAUGCCAGUGGUUGCAAAGAAAGAAAAGAUUGCAAAAUCUCACCUAGAGAAGAAGAAAAAGAAUCAGCGUGCAGGGAAACAGUUCCGAGGAAGGAAAGCGUGAAUAUGAUGACUUAUACAUUUCCUAAUGUUAUUUCAUUUUUUGUUCAGCCAAAGAACCUUGCUUAGCUUUUCAAUCACACCAUACCCCUACUCUGAGCUUCCCAUUCUUUAUAGCCAAUUUUGAUUUGUUUGAGAGCAUUUUUAAAUUCAUAGUGUUGUUUACGUUGCAUAAUAAUUUCGUGAGCUUAAAUAAACAAUUAGGUUUUGGACA